GCACCUUUGGUCGGUGCGGUCAUGCUCUCUCCCUCUCCUGCGAGUCUACUUUUCUCCACUGAUUCCAAAUGCAUGCUCUCUCUCUCUCUGAUUUUCAGACUUUAAUCUAACAGCAUAUUUUGUUUACAUGGUCACUGGUAGGAUUUCUUGGGAAUUUUGGGUGCCCAGUAAUUCUCAGCUCUAAUUGGUCAAACUGUUUGGGAUGAAUUUCAUUCUGAAGACCUUAAAUGAUCAAAUUACCUUUAUUUCUAUGGAAUGAUGGGGUUGGGAUUGAUUUGAAUUUGUUGGGAGGUCUGUUGGAGGAUUGAAGUUUGCUCUGGAUGGCGUCUUCUCCAUUCGAGGAGGUGGAUCAGACGGACGAGGAUUUUUUUGAUAGAUUGGUCAACGACGAAAUUGACUUUACUGGUUUGGGGCCGAGUGUUCUAAAGAACGAUGGUUUGGAGGAGGCAAAAGUGUUUUCUAAUCUAAGCAUGGCGGAAGUCGGCUCGGCUGCUGUAGACUCCGGAAGCAAUGCUGGUUUCGAGGUGAAUGGUGAAGUGGCUCGGGAAGAUAUGGUCGUGUCUGCAUCAUUGGUGGAAGUCAAUGAGGACAAUUUGGCUAGUAAGGAGAGCAAUUCAUCGAUACCGGAAAAUAGAAACGAGUCCAACAAUAUGGUUGCUAAAGAGAGCAUUUCAUUACUAUCGAGUAAUAGAAAUGGGGUUAGCGAAGGGGGAAUAGAGGAAGACUGUGCAUUGGAUAGUACAGUGGGUACGAAUAGUGUGGCUGCAGGAGCGGGUAUGAAAGAGGUUCAGUGGAGUUCAUUUGGCUCGAACAAUGAUGUGGGCGGUGCUGGAUUUGGCUCGUACUCGGAUUUCUUUAGUGAAUUGGGAGAUAGCUCAGAAGAUCCAUUUGCCAGUGUAGCGAAUAUGGGCAAGUCAAAGAUGGAAUCUAAUGUUGUGCAUGAUGUUUUGGAAAACCCAGUUGCUAAUUUGGGGGCAUCAGGUUAUGAACAACCUCACGAAGGCCAAUAUCUUGGAGUGGGUACGGGGCAGAAUUUAGAUGGUCAGGAUUCUAGAAGUAGUGAUUGUUGGGAAAGUCUUUAUCCAGGGUGGAAGUAUGACGCAAACACGGGGCAAUGGUAUCAGUUGGAGGGUAAUGAUGCAAAUACAAAUGCAGAUAUCAACGUGAAUGCAAAUGCUUAUGCAAUGGGUAAUGAGGUUCUUUUAGACCAAGCUGCUUAUUAUCAGCUGCAAGCAGCUCAGGCUCAAUCUGUUGCUGGGACUGCAGCUGAAGGAUGUACUGCUGGCAGUGUCUCUCACUGGAAUCAGACUUCACAGGGAAAUAUGCAUUACCCAGUGCAUAUGGUCUUUGAUCCCCAAUAUCCUGGGUGGUACUAUGACACAAUCACUGGAGAAUGGAAGUUGUUGGAAUCGUACAUUCCAGCUUCAAAUCAGUUAACAAGCAUAGAUGAUAAUCAGCAAUUUCUAAAUCAGAAUGUUGAGAAUCAUGGAUCACAAAGUCUUGUGGACCAGGACGGUUCUGCAAUCCAUUACAAUCAGCAAGUUUUAAAUACAUGGCAAACUCAGGAUGUUGCUAAGAGUGAUGCUCGUGGGUUUACUGAAAAUAGGAAAUCAGGGGACCAUUAUAGUUCGAUUAGUCAUUUAACAAAUUCUAUGGAUCAACAAUCGCGGUUUAAUCCGGAUGGAUCCCUUGCUCAAUUCGAACAACCAAAUUGGAAUGUUGAUGGCAGCAAUAAAUUUUCUGGGUUUCAAGGCUUUAUUCCUGGUGACAAUUCUCCUCAGCAGCAAAGUCAGACCAAGGAGGAGCUAAAUCAACACAUGCAUUUCUCUCCUGCUCACUUUGAUAGUCAGAAAUCAGUAAAUUUUUCACAGCAUCCGCUGCAUAGUGGAACUCAGUUCUCUCAUGCGUCCAACGAGGCCAGGUCAUCUGAAGGACGGCCUCCUCAUGCUCUAGUUACUUUUGGAUUUGGUGGAAAACUUGUAUUCAUGAAAUGUAAUAGUCCCUUUCACACAAACUCCUAUGGAAGCCAGGACUCCGUAGGAGGUGCAAUUAAUAUUCUCAACUUGAUGGAAGUUGUGGUGGAACAAACUAAUCCUUCAAACUUUGGAUGGGGUGCUCAUGAUUACUUCCAUGCCUUGUGUCACCAAUCUUUUCCUGGUCCUUUGGUUGGUGGAAAUUUUGGAAAUAAGGAGUUGAACAAAUGGAUUGAUGAAAAGAUUUCUGAAUGUGAAUCUUCGCAUGUGGAUUACAAGAAAGGCGAAAUUCUAAGGCUGCUUUUUUCUUUGCUGAAAAUAGCGUGUCAGUAUUAUGGAAAACUUCGAUCACCCUUUGGCACUCACCAAGCGUUGAAGGAAAGUGAUUGUCCUGAGUCAGCCGUUGCUAAGCUCUUUGCUUUUUCAAAAAGAAAAAGCGAGUAUGGUGCACUUGCACACUGCUUGCAGAACUUACCUUCUGAAGCACAGAUUCAGGCCAGUGCUCGUGAGGUACAGAAUCUUCUUGUUUCUGGUAGGAAGAAAGAUGCUUUGCAAUGUGCACAAGAAGGUCAAUUGUGGGGACUAGCACUUGUUCUUUCCUCUCAGCUUGGUGAUCAGGUUUAUGGUGAGACUGUAAAGAAAAUGGCACUUAGCCAGUUCAUAGUAGGAACACCAUUGCAGACGUUGUGCCUGCUUGCUGCUGGGCAGCCUGCAGAUGUGUUUUCUAGUGCCACUACUUGGAGCAGCUUACCUAGUUCUGUAGAUAAACCUCAACGGCCUGCCAAGAUUGGAGCUAACUGCAUGCUAGAUGAAUGGGAAGAGAAUUUAGCCAUCAUGACUGCAAACAGAACAAAAAAUGAUGAGCUUGUUAUCAAUCAUCUUGGAGAUUGCCUGUGGAAGGAGCACGGGGAGGCUACUGCUGCACACAUAUGUUAUUUAGUUGCGGAAGCCAACUUUGAACCAUAUACAGACAGUGCAAGACUUUGUCUUAUUGGUGCAGAUCAUUGGAAAUUCCCUCGUACAUAUGCUAGUCCUGAGGCUAUUCAGAGGACAGAAUUAUAUGAGUACUCAAAGGUGCUUGGCAAUUCUCAGUUUCUCCUCCUGCCCUUUCAGCCAUAUAAGCUUAUCUAUGCGCACAUGCUGGCUGAAGUUGGAAAAAUUGCAGAUGCUUUGAAGUACUGCCAAGCAAUUUUGAAGUCUCUAAAAACUAGUAGAGCACCAGAAGUGGACACGUGGAGACAAUUGGUAUUGUCUCUUGAGGAGCGGAUUAGAACGCACCAGCAGGGUGGUUAUGGCACAGAUUUGGCUCCAACGAAACUGGGUAAAUUGCUUACCUUCUUUGAUAGUACUGCUCAUCGAGUUGUUGGAGGCCUUCCUCCACCUGUACCUUCAACAUCACACAGCAGUUCUCAACCAAAUGAACUUGCUCAUCAACCAGGAGGCUUGGAAGUAUCUAGCAGUCAAUCAACAAUGGCAAUGUCUACGUUAAUGCCUUCCGUUUCGAUGGAACCCAUAAGCGAACGGACUGGUGAGAGCAAAACUCCUAAUAGAAGCAUAUCGGAGCCAGACUUUGGUAGAUCUCCUAAAAAGGUGGAUUCAUCCCAGGAAACAAACUCUUCUGCCAUGCAACCGAAGGCAUCCACAUCAGGUGGGUCAUCUCGUUUUGGUCGUUUUGGCUCACAGCUACUCCAAAAGACUGUGGGGUUGGUCUUGAGAUCCCGACCAGACCGACAGGCUAAAUUGGGUGAGAAAAAUAGAUUCUAUUAUGAUGAAAAGCUUAAGCGAUGGGUUGAGGAAGGUGCUGAACCCCCAAUUGAGGAGGCAGUGUUACCUCCUCCACCAACAGCCGGAGUUUUUCAGAAUGUAAUGCAAGAUUACAACAUGAAAGAUGCAGCAAAAGCUGAAGUUUUCCCCUCAGAUGCUCGGCAGCAAACUAAAAGCCUGGUCUCUUCUGAACAGAGCUCAGAAAUCCCACCCAUGCCAUGCAGCUCAAACCAGUUUACUGCACGUGGGCGGAUUGGUGUUCGCUCAAGGUAUGUUGACACAUUUAACAAGGGUGGUGGGACCUCAUCAAACUUCUUCCUGUCACCUUCUAUUGCAGCUGCUAAACCUGGGGGUGGUUCAAAUCCCAAGCUUUUCAUCCCCAGUCCAGCAGCUUCUGUUGAAGGGACAGUGCAAACACCUGAAGAAAGUGUGCAAGAGGCCACCAUGGGCGAUGAAAAUCCCCCUUCAUUUAAGGAGGAUUUAUUCUCUUCUCAACAAACAUCAACAUCAUCAUCAACAAGUCUACAGCGUUUUCCUAGCCUGGACAAUAUUGUACAAAAGAGAGGACCAAUGGCAAUUAGCAAUAGCUUAUUUCCUCCUCCCUCCCGACGUGCGGCAUCAUGGAGUGGAAGCAUUUGUGAUGCAAGAAAUCCUUCAAUGAUCAAUGAAAUAAAACCUUCAGGAGAAGCGCUAGCUGUAUUGCCAGCUUUGAAUCAGCCUGGUGAUCCUUCAUCGAUGCAGUUUUCAACAGAUUGUAAUAGUUCUGCAGAUGAUCUUCAUGAAGUUGAACUUUGAGGAUUGAAGACGGAGGAUGAGGAUCCUGAGGAGUUCCAAUUUUUUGGUGAAAUCCAAGAACUAAUCCAGAAAAUCGUAUGAAGCUUAACAAACAUAUGGCGUUCCGCAUUUCUGUUGCUGCGCUGCAUCAUUUUUUGAGAAGCCUGUACGUUCAUUAGGUAAUUAAGUUUAGACCAAUUGCCUUGAGGAAGACACAGGAGGGUCUGCAAGGGAGCAGCCUUUCUUUCUAUUAUUAAGGCUAAAACUGAUUACCAAAACUCGGAAUACAUCUAUACCUUGGGCCAUUAAUGGCUAUUACUUGUUAACAAAACUUGUCAAUACACAAUAAAAUGCUGGAGAUGGUAGGAAAUGUUGGAAGUUGGGCAGACA